GCGAUAUAUUGAUAUGAGAAGUCUAUUGAAUAUUGAUAAAGUGCAUGGUAUCCGCCGUUCUUCGUCGCAUUGAGGCUCUUACUCGUCGCCAGAUUCCUUGCUGGGAUGAAUUCGAUUAUCACAGAUUGCGAUGAGUCUUAUAAUUAUUGGGAAUCAAUGCAUUAUCUUACACAUCACAACGGAUUUCAAACAUGGGAAUACUCACCAGUUUACUCGAUUAGAAGCUGGUUUUAUAUAAUUAUAAACUCACCAAUCGCAUUUAUGCUAUCUUACUUUGGUGCAGAUAAGAGAAUAGCAUUCUUCGGUACGAGAUCCUAUUUGGGUCUCUUAUCAAGCGUAAUAGAAGCAUCAUUCUACAGUUCCGUAUGCCAGACUUUCAAUCCACGAGUAGGGAGAUAUCUAUUGGCGUUUCUUAUAGGUAGUGCAGGAAUGUACAUAUCUGCAAUCGCAUUAUUACCUUCGUCAUUCACGUUGUAUACCACAACCUUGGGAUACGCAUUUGCGAUAAAACCAUCAACUGUAUCCAAGGAUGGCUUUAAGAGAUGCUUAUUUGCUACCCUCUCAUUCGCAUUUGGUGCUAUAGCCGGAUGGCCAUUCGCCCUGACUUUGGCAGGACCCUUUGUGAUCGAGCAGCUGUUUAUGUACACUGGUGGACAAUCCAUAUUCAAAAAACGCUUGGAGCAGUUCAUCAAGGCAGUUGUAGUCGCCAGCCUUCUCUUUAUCCCGGUGGUAGCGAUAGACUCACUCUAUUAUGGAAAGCUGACAGUCGUCCCUCUGAAUAUAAUAGAAUACAACAUUUUCUCAGAGAAUGGUCCAACGUUGUAUGGUGUCGAACCACCUCAUUUCUACGUCUUGAACUUACUUCUCAACUUCAACUUUGUGUUCUUAUUAGCAGUAGCUUCUCUCCCAUUAGCUGCACUAUUUGAACGGAAAUAUCUCACUUUCGUGACCAUAAGAUUACUUCCUUUCUACGGCUGGUUCGCGCUAUUGUCUCUCCAACCACAUAAAGAAGAAAGGUUCAUGUUUCCUUCAUACGCACUUCUAUGCUUAAAUGCAGCAGUUGGGUUGUACUAUUUAAGGACUCUCAUUUCAACCUCAUAUUCACACCUCGUUAAGAGACUUACAAAGUCAUCUAAAGUUGUAAUCAGUAGUAACAUAAUUGCAAGGACAUUGACAGUGUCGAUUGUUAUUAUCUCAAUCGUCCUUUCAGUGAUGAGGAUUUUGGCUAUGCAGCAAUAUUAUCACGCACCUAUUGACAUUUUAUUCGAAUUUUCAGAAAAAGAGCUAUCAACUAGAACACACCUUAAUGAGCGUCAAAUCACGCUUUGUUAUGGCAAAGAUUGGUACCGAUUCCCUUCAUCAUAUCUCAUACCUCAAAAUGUUGAUGUACAAUUCAUAGAAAGUGAAUUUGAUGGUAUAUUACCAUCACAUUGGCCUCAGAAUUCCGAAGGUUUACUCAAUAACAUUAGACGUAUACCGCCAAAUAUGAAUGAUCAGAAUAAACAAGAGAGGGACAGAUUUGUUCCUGUUGACAGCUGUGACUAUAUAGUUGAUGUGGUCCUACCUUCUACAACUUUCAGUGAACUAGAACCAGAUUUCGCAAAUAGUAAUGACUGGACUAUCGCAACAUCUUUACCAAUACUCGAUGCUUCAUUAUCACAUAUUGCAACUCGCACGCUCUACUUACCAUUCAACUUCUGGCAAAAGAGAAACACAUUUGGUGAAAUAAGAUUACUUAGGAGGAUGAAUUAGGCAUUUAUUAAAAUGAAGUUUAUUGUAC